UGUGAACAAGAUAGUUACGGUCUUCAUAAGAUGAUGAGGUUGCUACCAUUCGAUCGCGCAGUCAACGCCCUUUUGUCAUCAAUCAUUGCAAACCUCCGCGUAGGCUACACGAUGCUUCCCAAGAUCGACAUUGAGGAGACCGCUCGCCCGGCAUCUCCUAAAGUCGGGGCGCGGGAGGAUAACAUUACUCUCCCCAAGCCGUCAUCCCACAAACCAUUCCACCGCAAAGCCUACACCGGCGCCCUCAUCUUCAACCUCGCUUCCUUCAUUCUCCCAGCCCUCUACGGCACCCUCUCGAAGCUGUGGGUCGCCAACAUCGAUUCUUCCCUUGUCGUAACCACCGACGCAUACACCUACAUCGGCGUAGUCGCAGAGGUCCUCAAUGAAGGCCUCCCGCGAGCGGCAUGGGUCAUCAUCGGCGACCAAGCCUCUCGUACCCUCGGAGAACGGCUCCAACUCACACACACUCUCAUCCUCUUCCAGUCCAUCUUGGGCCUGGUCAUGAGCCUGGCAUUCGUGGGUGGGGCCAAGACGUUUGCUAAUGGCUUCGUGCCUGUGGAAGUCCGCGAUGUGAGCGUAACAUACGUGCGCAUCGGAGCGUUCAGCGCUUUCAGCUCUUCGGUUGAGACAGCUGUUGCGUCGGCUACGAGGGCGCUCGACCGACCUGAUGUUCCGUUGAUCAUCAACUCCGUCAAGUUCGCCGUUAACAUCAUUUUGGAUCUGCUGAUCAUCUCGAAGAUCCAUGUUGGCUCUCAUCAGCCCACGGUCAAUAUGCAAGCAGGGAUCCAGCUCGCUUGCAGCCUGGCGUCGGCAUUUCUGGGUCUGGCAUACUUCCUCUGGAGGAACACCAUUCCAUAUCAGAAGGACAGAGAUAACCGAGAAGAUUGGAGUACAACAAAUGCCAGUGCCAACGCGCUUCUAAUCCUGCUUCGUCCCGGCAUUCUGACCUUUAUCGAGUCGGCAAUCCGAAACGCACUUUAUCUCUGGCUAGUCAGCAACAUCGUGUCUAUGGGAUCAACAUAUGCGACAGCAUGGGGUGUUUUCAUCACGAUUCGAUGGGGGCUUAUCAUGGUCCCUGUCCAAGCCCUCGAGCAGACCUCCCUCGCUUUUGUCGGUCACGCCUGGGGUGCCUGGAGACAGGCGAUCGGGGUUGAAACCCGCCGUCCAAAGGCUACGAACCAAGACGUCAUCAAAAUCAUCCGGCCAGCUCUCAUCUCCCUCAUCAUUGCUCUCAUCAUCGAGGUCCCUGUCUGUCUGUUCCUCACAUAUUUCGGUGCCCGUCCUUUCGCCCGAUACCUCAGCGGCUCGGAUGAGGUUGCUGACGUGACGGCAAUGAUGUGGCGAACCAUUGACUGGUGUUAUAUCUUCUACGCCAUGUCUACGAUGCUAGCGACAAUCUUGCUGGCAACGCGACCAAGAUGGUACCUUUGGCAAAGUCUGGCAAGCAAUUUGCUCUAUGUGUUGCCAUGGGCUGUUGUUUGUCAGACAGCGAGUUUGUCGGCUGAUAAGGCUUGGACCUAUCAUAGUUUCGUUUUUGGUGGUAGUCUUGUCUUUAGUUUCGUUGAUAUUUGUGUCGUUGAUGGACUCUGGAUUUGGACUUUGAUGACUAGCAGGAUGAGACUGGAAGUGUUCAAUUCCUGAGACUGGAAGUAUUCAGAAAUUGAACAACAAGCGGACGGCUUACUGUGAUAUGCAGGACCCGAUAGAAAGUUCACUGGUAGUCCAUAACACGGCCCUCGAUUGCAAUCCCAUGCCUGUCAGCUAACUAACUCCUU